GGCGACAGCAGGUGCCGUGGCUGCCUUCCUGGAUUCUUUUCAGAAAGUUGCUGAUCUGGCUACCAACUCCAGAGGUGGCACCAGAGACAUUGGAUCAGCUUUAACGAGGAUAUGUAUGAGGCAUCGCAACAUUGAGGCUAAACUCAAACAGUUCUCAAUGUGCUUCCUGGAGGGUCUGAUCAGCCCUCUGCAGGAACAGAUGGAGGAGUGGAAGAGAGGUGUCAACACGUUAGACAAGGACCACGCAAAAGAGUACAAAAGAGCUCGACAGGAAAUCAAGAAGAAGUCUUCAGACACACUGAAACUUCAGAAAAAAGCCAAGAAAGCUGAUAAUCUGGGCCGGGGUGAUUUUCAGCCUCAGUUGGACAGUGCAAUGCAGGAUGUCAGUGAUAAAUUCAUUCUCCUGGAGGAAACAGAGAAACAAGCCUUGAGGAAGGCCCUCAUCGAGGAGAGGCAGAGGUUUUGCUGUUUUGUAGCCAUGCUGCAGCCUGUAGUGGAUGAGGAGAUUUCCAUGCUUUCAGAAGUUACCCAUCUCCAAACCAUCUCUGAGGACCUCAAAACCCUGACCUCUGACCCCCACAAGCUUCCACCUGCUAGUGAACAAGUGAUUUUGGACCUAAAGGGUUCGGAUUAUGGUUGGUCGUAUCAAACACCACCCUCAUCCCCAAGUACCACCAUGUCCAGGAAGUCCAGCAUGUGCAGUAGUCUGAACAGCGUUAACAGUAGUGACUCCCGAGGAUCCAGUGGCUCUCACUCUCAUUCUCCUUCCUCCUCUUCUUCCUCCUCUUCCUCACACCACGUCUUUCACAACCAUCACCCCCGCCAUCGCUACCGCAGCUCCACGUUACCCCAGCAGGCCCCAGCUCGGCUCUCUAGCAUCUCCUCCCACGACUCGGGCUUCAUUUCCUCGUCGCAGGACCAAAACGCAUCGUUCAAAUCAUCCUCUCCGAUGCCAGCUGAAACGAAGCCAAUGGUUUCGACCACCACAGUCCAGCCAGCCCCCACUACCUGCAUAGCAAUGGGGGCGGYUUGGGCACGGCCUUCCCCUUCUUCCCUCCGUCCUCCCCCUCAUCCUCCACCUCGGGUCCGUCCCGUUCAUGGUCACGCCCCGCCUCGGCUUUGCUUCCAGACUUCCCCAACUACAGCUUGUUGGGUUCCCCCAUGGUGCCUUCGUCACGAGUCCCUAGUUGGAAGGACUGGGCCAAACCAGGACCUUACGACCAGCCUAUGGUUAACACACUGAGGAGGAAGAAGGACAAAGAUCCCCCGGCUGUGGUGGACAGUAAUGGCCACCCUUCAGGCCAUGCUUCAGCCUCAGGACCUCCUCCUGCUGGGCUGCAAACACCAAGCCUGUUAGAAGACAAGAACAGGAUCAUGGCUGCACCUCUGAAG